AUGAAAAAUGCAACUGCGCUUGUCUUUCCGAAAACCCGACACCGAUUUUGCUUAUGGCACAUACUGAAGAAAUUACCUGAAAAACUCGAUUCACAUGGUGCAUACAAAGAUGGGUUGAAAAGUCAGUUGCUUAAGUGUGUGUAUGACUCUCAAAUAAUAGAAGAGUUUGAGAGUUGUUGGGAAGUGAUGAUUACAACAUACAACUUGCAGGAGAAUGCUUGCUUGCAGAGUUUAUAUACUGAGCUUACCUAUUGGGCACUAGUAUUCCUGAAAGAAAUUUUUUGGGCUGGAAUGAGCAUAACCCAACGAAGCGAGAGCAUGAAUGCUUUCUUUGACGGGUACGUUCAUGCUAGGACAAACUUAAAAGAGUUUGUUGAUCAAUUCGAUAAUGCGUUGAGAAUGAAGAUUGAGAAUGAAAAUGCAGCGGACUUUCACUCAUUCAACGUCACAAUUUCUGCCGUCUCUAUUUCUCUACUUGAGAAGAUAUUUCAAGCCACAUAUACGAACUUUAAAUUUAGAGAAGUUCAAAAAGAAGUAGUGGGAAUGCUUGGUGUUCUUCCAACUCUAUACCGAAAAGAUGAUGUAAUUGCAACGUACCAUGUAGAAGAUGAAAUAGAAGUUGAUGAUUUCAUCAAGGAGGUGACUCAAACGGUGUACUUUAAUGAGGCCGAAGUUGAUGUGAAGUGUCAAUGCUCACUGUUCGAAAUGAGAUGGAUAUUGUGUAGACAUGCAUUAGCUAUUAUGAGAGUUAACAAAGUGAAAAAUGUGCCAGAAAAGUAUAUAUUAGAUCGAUGGAGAAAAGACAUUAAAAGGACAUACUCUCAAUGCAGUACUUAUGACUCAGUUGAUGUAAGGCCAGAAGUGAGCAGAUAUUCCCAUAUUUUGAAGGUAUGCUAUGACGUUGCCACAAAUGCAGCGUCAUGUGAUGAGCAUGCUGAUGAUAUGAUAGAUAAGUUACAUGCAAUGAACAUCGUCUACUGCACCAAGAAGUCACCCCAACGACCCUUGGAACAUGUUGCAAAUACAGUUGUCGAUGCAAGUACAGCUGGGAGUUCAAAGAAAGUCCUAAGUCCCCUUGUAGUUAGAGGUAAAGGAAGAUCACCAUGCCUCAGGAAAAAAUCAAUAAUUGAGAGAGUCAAACCCACGGUAAAGAAGACUACUCAGAAGGGAAAACGUAAACAGCCACAUGGAAGAGAUAUCGAUAGGGUUGACACAUGCAGGAAUUUAUUUGGGCAAACAGUUGUUGGGACUCAAGAGAGUGUUGUCAUUCAACCUCCUCAAAACACUACCGAAUUGUUGGACUUUAGUGAAACCCAACUUGGGGAUGGGAGACAACCAGAACUUCAUAAAGCUCUAGAUGGGACUCAAGAUCAUGGACACGUUUUGGACAUGAUUGGCCUGAAACUUUCACCACUGAGUCAAAUAAAGCUUUAUAUUGGUACUUUCAAUGUUUCUCAUUUAGCAGCAAAACUAAAGCCUGUUGGAAGGUUCGCUAAAGUGUUAAAGAUUGAAGAUAACUGA